AGUGGCGCACUGCGAGUCGGGAAGGCGGCGGGCGCGUCCCGUCCUCAGCAGCGGAAGGCGCCAUGGUGGGUGGCGAGGCGGCGGCGGCCGUGGAGGAGCUGGUCUCUGGAGUGCGGCAGGCCACCGACUUCGCGGAGCAGUUCCGCGCCUACUCGGAGAGCGAGAAGCAGUGGAAGGCCCGCAUGGAGUUCAUCCGGCGCCACCUGCCCGACUACCGCGACCCGCCCGACGGCGGCGGCCGCCUGGACCAGCUGCUGUCUCUUUCCAUGGUCUGGGCCAAUCACCUCUUCCUGGGCUGCAGUUACAACAAAGACCUUUUAGACAAGGUGAUGGAAAUGGCUGACGGGAUUGAAGUAGAAGACCUGCCACAGUUUACUUCCAGAAGUGAAUUAAUGAAAAAGCAUCAAAGCUGAGGCAGAAGAUUCAUCACAUUUUCCUCAUCAGAUACAGGCUUAGAAAAGAGGCUUAGGUGAAUGUGACAUUGACCACAGCAGCUCUCUUAAGACUCCUGGUAUUACCAACACGUAGGAAAGAGGCAGUUAGAAUGAAAGGGAGUCUUGUGAACACUGGCAUUUUUAAAAGUCUCAUUCUUCCAGUAGCUAUCUAAAUUCAUGGAUAUUUAUAUCUUUAUAAAUCAUGCUUUUUGUUUUUGAAUGUCAAACUUUUUGUUUAAAAUACCUGUUUUUUUUACGUUGAUGUAAAUGGCAGGUAAUGAAUCUUACAAUCUGGAUUUUGUAACAAUGUAUCUUCUAAGUGUGAUUUUGUUUUCUGGAUCCUCCUUCACCCAUCCCCACCAGGGAAACCAGAUUUUUCUAUCUGAAGUUUAUCCCAUCCAUGUACCCCACUGCCACACACACUCAUCUUCAGAUGAGUGAGAAUCAAAUUGUAGGCCUCAGGUACCCAGCAGCUCAUGUAAAGAUGAAACAUACAAAAAAACAUCUCACCUUAUUUUAAAACUUGACACAAGAUUCUUCUGCUUUGUAGGCAGCCAGCUGAUUUUUAGAUGCCCUAGAGGGUCACUUAUUCUGUUGAGUAAAGCCCACCUUCUGUUUUUCUGGAGGAAACCUGAGGCUUUGGUCGUCUAGAUUUUGUAGUUAGUUACCUUGCACAUACCCCUUGAGAAAUACUGGUUUUUUGCUCAGUGCUGCUUUGCUCUGAAAUUCUGGUAAUUUCCCCAUUUUUAAUGUUUCUGUUCUUUACCCCCUCCCUGUUCCUCUUCUUUAUUUAGUGCCCACUGUUAGAUACUUAUCUCAAGGCAUCAGCACUGAGGGGGGCAACAGUGUAACAGUUAACCAGCAAGAUUAACUCACCCCUGUGCUUGGUGCUGGGAAUAGUGGGAACCACGGUGGAUCCUGUUGUAGCUUAAUCUAAUGGCCAACUCAGGUAACUUAACAACCAGAAGUGUGGAACAGGAGGACUGACUGUGGAAGUGUGGUGUCUGGAGGCAGAGAAGUGGGAUGACUCUUACCCAUGGCUCACGGCCAGGCAGCACACCUUAGAAUGGCCACAUCUCUGUGCAGCCUCUGGCUCUGAUCUAUAGUGACCACAAAGGGCGGACCAAGUGAAGAAGUCAGGAUGUCUGGUCUGUAACUUUUCACCUCCAGCCUUCCCUGGAAGAUGAAAAUCACAGAAAUACCGACCACAAAGCGCUAUGGCAAAGAUCAAGAUGUUAGAGGGCCAGGUACUCAGUGUUAAAUGCUCAGUGAGCCUUACCCUCUUCUUUUCCACAGAUAUACCCUAGCCUCUUUUCAUUCCGAUUAGCUCUACAAAUCUGUGAGGCUUAAAAAAUACAAAUUACAAAGUAGAAAAAAUCUGUGUGGGUAUUCACUUUUAAAUGCAUUUCCAAACGUU